GGCCGGCUCAGUCGGGUCGCCCGCUCUGUUCGGCGCAGGAGUCCCGUGUCAUACGGCAUCGAUCUCAACUCCGAUCGACUCCUCCCCCAAAUCCCUCGCCGGAGUGCAGCCUCCUCCGCCGCAUCCCUUCCUUCCUCCUCCCUUAAAGACUUGCCGCGCCAUCCCGCGACUGUAGGAUAGGAUCACUUCGAGUCGAGGCCAGUGAACAGGGGAGGGAGCGAACGCCGGCGGCCACCGUGGAAGAAGGAGGAGGAGCAGCCCGCGGGUCGCGCGUCUGCACGUCGCGGUCGUUCCCCACGCCGGAUUCAAGUGCCGCGACGGAGGGCGGAAACCCGAAUCGCCGUGGAGCGAGAGCACACGCCGGCCGGCAUAAAUAUUGCUGAGGGUUUACAAAGGAUUCACAUUCUUCUGUCAUAUGUCUGCAAUUUCAGGAUGGCUACUGAAGACUCUAAAGAUAUGCUGAAGAAUGCAGACUGGAAGACAGUGAGUGGUGCAGUUACUGAGUCAAGUCAGCCGGUUGUUAGGAAGCGCCUUCCGAAGAAAAUCAGACAAGUCCCUGAGUGUUACUUUCUGCCUCGACGAUCUUUGCCUUCUGCACUGGCAAUCUAUGGUGCUGUUUGUGCCGCUGGAGUUGGUGCAGGGAUGUUGCUUGAGGUUUGGAUAAACAAAAAAAUCAAAGAGGAUGGCGGCAUUGUCUGGGAAAUGGGCAAAUGAUGUGUGUGCCCGUUGUGUUUUGCUGGGCUCACUCUUCUGCUGCUGCUGCUUAAGCUGCAUCACAGAAAUAAGCAUGGUUUUGUUGUUUCGGAAUAUCUUUGAACUUUGCUGACAAAAGCAAACAAUGUUGCCCAGUGCCCCAGUGUACCCUGCGUUUCUGGUUUGGUUGUACAACUGUGUGAUAGUUCAAAUUGUAUUUUAGGCAAGCAAGGUGAAAAGAACAGGCAUCAACAUGUCUGUUCUUGUAAUUUUGGUAGGCACCACCAGUACUGGUAAGAAUUAUCUGAAUAUGUGUAACUGUGAAAAGUUGGAAGGGCUUUCGAUUUAUCGCGGUUACACACGAA